AAACGUUGCGGCCCAGGUUUCAUUUGCGCAAACGUCUGUUGGAGAGACGUUGUCCCCGAUACACGUGUAUCAUAAGUCACUGGCCAGCAGUUGGCACACACAGGGCCUGGCACUUGCCUUUGCUCUAUCCCACUAUUAGCAGUUGGAUUGUAUCAUAUAAAACUGCAUGAAGUGGAGCUACGUUUCCGCACUGUCCUUCGAUUUACAGUGUGUCGCGUCGCCGGCCGAUGCAGAUCGGUGCCAACGGGAGAGCCGUAGGGUGUAUACAGUUAUAUCGUUAGAAACAUGCCCUGGGGCCAUAGCUACCACAUCACUGCCCUUGGGAAGCGCGGUGUCACUUGAGCUGUGUAAUAUUCGCUUCUACUCUGUGUGCUGGGACCUGUAGUUCCACAGUUUCUCAAGGGGCGUGUUUAAAAGAUUCCAAAGCUGAUUUGACUUUUUUUUUAUUGUGUAAAGAUUUUUUAGUUUAAACGCGCUUGGCUGUGAUAGCAGCCUGAAUAUAUUGCUUGUCCUGUAAUCCUCUGACAUUACAUUAGUCAUCUUGGCCCAACCCGGAAGUUUAUGUUCUUAUAGCACGUGAUGAUGGAUCCAGGCCAAGAUUUAUUGCUUGCUGCUCUGAGUGAAAGUGGUAUAAGUGCCAAUGACCUUUUUGAUGGAGAUUCCUUAGAUAUUGGCCUUAUUGCCCCAACACCAUUGCCAGCCAUUCAGCAGGCUGUGUCAAUUAGUGGAUCAGGAAUCAGCAAGGAAAAUGAGGCAUCUGUUUUAAAGCAAGAACCAUUGGCUACAUCUGCCUCUGCUUUAUUGAAUGUCAGGCCUCCAUCAACAACAACAUUUGUACUUAAUCAAAUUAAUCAAUUACCGACACUGGGUAACACAAUCGUAAUGACAAAGAACACACCUGUAACCACAACUCGACAGACAAUUACGGUAACCAAAAUCCUGCAAACCAAUUCUACAACAAGACCAUCCACAGCUGCACCUGUUGUACAGACUACAGUGGCUGCUGUGCCAUCUAAAGAUCAAAUACAACUGAAAGACCUGCUUAAAACUAGCAGCUUGAAUAAACUAAUGAAACUGAAGCCACCUUCAAACAUAGCACAGCCUGUUGCGACAGCUGCUAAGUUUCUAAUAUUAUCUCCAAAGGUAGUAUGCCCAACCAAAUCAGCUGACCUACCCAAUGGAGCAAAGAAAGAUAUUUCUAAGGAGGUAACAAGGAUAUGGAUCAAUGAGGAUAUCAAAAUGAGAAGUUUCUCCCCUACUAAUAAAGUCCCAGUUAAAGAAGAUGAAGAACCUGAAGAGGAAGAUGAAGAUGAAAUGGGGCAUGCAGAGACUUAUGCUGAGUACAUGCCCAUAAAAUUAAAGGUUGGGCUUCGUCAUCCUGACCCUGUUGUAGAAACCAGCUCUCUGUCUAGUGUGACGCCUCCAGAUGUUUGGUUUCAGACCACUAUACCAGAGGAAACUAUUGAUAAUGGCUGGCUGUCUGCUCUUCAGUUAGAAGCUGUAACCUAUGCUGCUCAGCAACAUGAAACUUUCUUGCCUAACGGGGAAAGAGCUGGUUUUUUGAUUGGUGAUGGUGCAGGAGUUGGCAAAGGAAGAACUAUAGCUGGAAUCAUAUUUGAAAAUUAUUUACUCAGUAGGAAAAGGUCCUUAUGGUUUAGUGUCUCAAAUGACUUAAAAUAUGAUGCUGAACGAGAUCUGAGAGACAUUGGGGCUAAGAAUAUUCAGGUUCAUUCUCUUAACAAGUUCAAGUAUGGUAAAAUAUCCUCUAAGCAUAAUGGCAGUGUAAAGAAAGGAGUCAUAUUUGCUACCUAUUCUUCCCUUAUUGGUGAAAGCCAGUCUGGUGGAAAAUAUAAAACCCGCUUAAAGCAGCUUCUGCAUUGGUGUGGAGAAGACUUUGAUGGUGUUAUUGUGUUUGAUGAGUGUCAUAAAGCUAAAAAUUUGUGCCCCGUUGGUUCUUCCAAACCUACAAAGACCGGUUUAGCAGUGUUAGAACUUCAAAACAAGCUGCCAAAAGCUAGGGUCGUAUAUGCUAGUGCCACAGGUGCCUCUGAGCCAAGAAAUAUGGCUUAUAUGAGUCGACUUGGAAUUUGGGGUGAGGGAACUCCUUUCAGAGAAUUCAAUGAUUUUAUCCAAGCUGUUGAAAGAAGAGGUGUGGGUGCAAUGGAGAUAGUUGCCAUGGAUAUGAAACUAAGAGGAAUGUAUAUUGCAAGACAGCUGAGCUUCACCGGAGUCACAUUUAAGAUUGAAGAGGUUCCUCUCGGCCACGAUUAUGUAAAAAUGUACAAUAAAUCUGUCAAAUUGUGGGUGUUAGCCAGAGAGAGGUUCCAGCAGGCAGCAGAUCUCAUAGAUGCAGAACAGCGAAUGAAGAAAUCCAUGUGGGGUCAGUUUUGGUCUGCCCAUCAGAGAUUUUUUAAAUAUCUCUGUAUAGCAUCCAAAGUCCGAAGAGUUGUUCAGCUUGCAAGAGAAGAAAUAAAAAAUGGCAAGUGUGUUGUAAUUGGCUUGCAAUCUACUGGAGAGGCGAGAACUUUGGAAGCUUUGGAGGAAGGAGGUGGGGAACUAAAUGACUUUGUCUCUACAGCAAGAGGAGUUCUGCAAUCUCUGAUUGAGAAGCAUUUUCCUGCUCCUGAUCGAAAAAAACUCUUCAGCUUACUUGGAAUAGACUUAUCAGCACAAAGCAAUAAUAAUUCCCCUAGGGAUAGUCCAAGCAAAGACAGCAAAGUGAAGAAAAGGAAAGGUGAAGAAUUAUUAAGGGAAGCCAAGAAACCUCGUAAAUCAGGUGGCCUUGCAGGCAGUAGCUCAGAUGAUAUGGGCAGCGAGUCAGACACUUCUGAAAAGGACGCAGGGAGUGAAAGUGAAAGCUUUAAAUCUGUCAGCUCUGGUGAUGAUGAUGAUUUUAAUCCAUUUAGAGAUGAGUCAAGUGAGGAUGAAGAAGAUGAUCCAUGGCUAAUUAGAAAGGAUCAUAAGAAAAACAAACACAAAAAGAAGAAAAAGAAAAGCAUUGAUCCAGAUUCCAUUCAAAGUGCCUUAUUAGCCUCUGGGCUUGGAUCUAAACGUCCAAGCUUCUCGUCUGUUGUUAAAGCUGCAGCUACCAGUACUACUACCACUACAAGCGUUCCAGCACCUUUAAAUAAUACUAAUGUAAGUAAUAGCUGUGUGACCAGUCAGGAUGCUGUGGAGAGGGCACAGCAAAUGAAGAAGGAACUGCUGGACAAACUAGAAAACUUGGCUGAAGCUCUUCCUCCAAACACACUAGAUGAGCUCAUUGAUGAACUGGGAGGUCCUGAUAAUGUAGCAGAGAUGACUGGACGGAAGGGUAGAGUCGUAAGCAACGAUGAUGGAAGCAUAUCUUAUGAGUCGCGGUCAGAACUUGAUGUGCCAGUAGAAAUAUUAAAUAUCACAGAAAAGCAGAGAUUUAUGGAUGGUGAGAAGAAUAUAGCAAUCAUCUCUGAAGCAGCAAGUUCAGGAAUUUCGUUGCAAGCUGACCGUCGAGCUAAAAAUCAGAGGCGCAGGGUUCACAUGACAUUGGAAUUACCUUGGAGUGCAGAUAGAGCCAUUCAGCAGUUUGGAAGAACUCACAGAUCCAAUCAGGUUACAGCUCCUGAAUAUGUCUUCCUAAUUUCUGAACUAGCUGGAGAACAAAGAUUUGCUUCAAUUGUUGCAAAAAGAUUAGAAAGCUUGGGGGCAUUAACACAUGGAGACAGGAGAGCAACUGAAUCAAGGGAUUUAAGUAGAUUUAAUUUUGAUAACAAGUAUGGUAGAAAUGCCCUGGAAAUUGUUAUGAAAUCCAUUGUAAGCCUGGAUUCCCCACUGGUGUCUCCCCCACCUGAAUUUCCUGGUGACUUCUUCAAAGAUGUGCGACAGGGAUUAAUUGGCGUUGGCCUUAUUAAUGUUGAAGACAGAUCAGGAAUUCUGACUCUUGAUAAAGAUUACAACAAUAUUGGAAAGUUCCUUAACCGUAUCUUGGGCAUGGAAGUGCAUCAACAAAACGCCCUCUUCCAGUAUUUCUCUGAUACCCUCAGUGCUGUUAUACAGAAUGCCAAAAAGAAUGGGCGAUAUGACAUGGGCAUUUUAGAUCUUGGAUCCGGAGAUGAGAAAGUGAGGAAGUCUGAUGCCAAAAAGUUUUUAACACCUGGUUAUUCUACUUCUGGCCAUGUGGAGUUGUAUACAAUAAGUGUUGAAAGAGGAAUGUCAUGGGAAGAUGCAACUAAAAUCUGGGCUGAACAGACUGGACCAGAUGAUGGAUUUUAUUUAUCUCUCCAGAUAAGGAACAACAAAAAAACUGGCAUAUUGGUGAAGGAAAUUAAUCCGAAAAAGAAGCUUUUCCUGGUGUACAGACCAAACACAGGGAAACAACUGAAAUUAGAAACUUUAUUGGAUUUAAAAAAGAAGUACAAAAAGGUAACCUCUGAAGAUGCCCAGUCUCACUGGAAAGAGCAGUACAUAUCCUCUGCAGAUAUCUGUACUCAUGCUUAUUGGCGGGGUAACUGCAAAAAAGCAAGCUUGGGCCUGGUCUGCGAGAUUGGACUGCGCUGCCGGACAUACUAUGUAUUGUGUGGCUCUGUUUUAAGCGUGUGGACUAAAGUGGAAGGAGUUCUAGCUUCUGUCAGUGGUACAAAUGUCAAAAUGCAAAUUGUCCGCUUAAGAACUGAAGAUGGGCAGAGAAUUGUUGGUUUGAUCAUUCCUGCAAAUUGUGUCUCCUCACUAGUGACACUGCUGUCCACUUCUGACCAGUCUCAGCAAAUUGCAGUCCAACAGCAACAGAUGUGGCAACAACUCCACCCUCAGAGUAUCAGCAACUUCAGCACCCUGUAACAUGAGAGUAGGGCAGCGGUGACCUGGGUGUGGCUGGUAACUGUCAAAGCAAAGCUAUACAAAUCAGGGACAGAUUCCAAAGAGUUCGUCUACUUGAGCAUAUAUAUAUAUAUAUGGAACACUCUGUUCUGUUAGAAGUCAGGACAUAAGAGUUCCUUGGGGUUUUGGUGUCAAUCCACAAGUCCCUUUUUAUAGUGGCACAUAUUUUUCUUUUUUUCCUGUUUUACUUUAGGUGCUUCAUAUCAUCUCCACUUAAUUUCCCUGAUCCCAAAUCUUAAUUUUAUUUAAAUGAAAUUGUUGAAGCCAACUGCACAUGUUGCUUUUACGGAGCAGAACUGCGACCUGUACUGUACUGCUUUCUUGUGUUCAUGUUUCAAUACAGUGCUCAGGGUUUCACUUGGUAAUCAGUGAGAAUUCACAGGAAGCGUUCCCUAAAUGCAUGUACAUGGAAGGUAUGAUGCAUAUAAUAUAUGUGUAUAUAUAGGUUGUCUUUCCCUCUCUUGUAAUGUUAAAGAUGCAUGCUUUCAUUAAUGCACUGUAUUUAAAAAAGGGUAUAUUUGUGUUUCUUCCUCCGUUUGGUUAAUGCAGCGCAUGUCUCUGAAAGCAUGUAUAGAAAGCCUUCUGAAAGUCCUGUUGUAAGGAAAGAAACUUUUGUUUUCCUGCUUUUUGUUAAAUUCCAUCUUUUAUCCCACUUUCAAAACAUUUGGUCUUAUAAAAAGUUUCUUGUGAACUUCUUUGCAAAUUCUGUAACCAUGGGGUUUUCUAUUGUGCUACAGAAAGGGCUUGUGCCUUUUAUCCAAACUGACAAACCCUUUUUCCCUGUUUUAUUCCACAAUGGGAACAAUCCAAUUCCACCUCCACGUUUCUUUUUCUUACGUAGCUUAACGUAAUUUAAUAGGAGGGGUUUUCACUGAAGUCUUGAGCUGUACCUCUUUGUAUAACUCGAGGCUCCCUGCUGUUGUGUUUUGGCCUUCUCUGUAACUUGAAUACCAUUUAAUAUGUUGUAAGACAUUGUAGAGUUUAUCUUGAGCUGUUUAAAAUUGUAAUGUACAAAUGUGAAUAGUUAUCUAUAAUAUGGUAAGGUUUUUUUGCCUCCAAUAGUUCAUGUUUAUAAGGACGUGAAAAGGACAAUGUCUUUUUUUUGUUUUCUCUUUUUGCUUGCACAGGUUGCACUAUUGAACGUUUUGAGACUGUAAAAACCUGUUUAAAUCUCCUGCAAGGUACUGGCAUCUUGUAUGGAACAAAUAAACGUUAUUGUACUAACCAACAAA